CCAGCCCAGCCCAGCCCCGCCAGCCGAACCAAGCCCUCGCGGUGCCGGAGCGCGGAGAAAGAGCGAUGCGCGCUUGCCUAUCCCUCCUGCCGCUCCUGCUGAGCCUCGGGACCGGUGCUGCUCUCGGACACCGCCUGGGAGCCGCCUCCUCGGAGCGCAGCGAAGAUGCUAGCAUUGCUCAAGUGUUAAAGCUGAGAGAAGAACCAUCCAAAGUUGAGGAUCUACAAGUGAAGUUCAUUGUUCGUACCACCCCAGACCCCGAUCAUCCUGACUGCUACCUCACUGUUGGCCAAGACCAUCUCUUAGAUGAUUGCAACUUCAACGUCUCUGCAAAGACCUUCUUUGUUAUUCAUGGAUGGUCGAUGGGCGGCAUGUAUGAAAGAUGGAUGAACACCCUGGUCUCAGCUCUGCAGGAACGUGAGAAGGAAGCCAACGUGGUGGUGGUGAACUGGCUGUCUCUCGCCCAACAACUCUACACCAUUGCUGUCAACAACACAAGGGUGGUUGGAAAACAACUUGCAGAGCUGCUGGACUGGUUAGAGAACAAGAAGGACUUCCAACUCGAGAAUGUCCAUCUGAUUGGCUACAGUCUCGGGGCCCAUAUUGCUGGCUAUACUGGAAAUUAUGCCCGGGGCACUAUCGGGAGAAUUACAGGCUUGGAUCCAGCUGGACCGAUGUUUGAGGGAGUUGAUCCAAGCAAACGUCUCUCUCCCGACGACGCUGAUUUUGUGGAUGUCUUGCACACGUACACAAGAGAAACGCUGGGCAUCAGCAUUGGGAUCCAGAUGCCUGUGGGUCAUAUCGACAUUUACCCCAAUGGAGGAGACAUCCAGCCAGGAUGCGGCCUUACUGACAUCUUGGGAACGCUCGCUUUAGGGGACAUUGGGGGCCUUGUGAUAUGUGAACACGAGCGGUCAGUGCACCUCUUUGUGGACUCGCUUGUGAACAAGGACAAGCCGAGUUUUGCCUUCCAAUGCACGGAUUCCGGACGCUUCAAGAAGGGCAUUUGCUUGAGCUGUCGGAAGAAUCGCUGCAACAGCAUCGGAUACAACACCAAGAAGAUGAGGAACAAACGCAACAGCAAGAUGUACCUCAAGACAAGGGCUGGCAUGCCUUUCAAAGUUUUCCACUAUCAGCUGAAAAUCCAUGUCUUCAGCUACAAAAGUCUGGGAAAAACUGAACCAGCAUUUUCCGUGACCUUCUAUGGGACCAGUGGAAAUUCUGAACCUCUACCUCUGGAAGUAUCAGAUCAGAUUGGCCUGAACUAUACAAACACCUUCCUGGUCUACACAGGAGAAGAUGUGGGUGAUAUUCUAAGGAUCAAACUCACCUGGGAAAUCACCACUCAGUCCUGGUACAACUUUUGGAGCCAAAUGAAAAAUUACUGGUCCAAGCCUGAUCUCUCAUCCAAAGAACUGCAAAUCAGACGGAUCCGUGUGAAGUCGGGUGAAACUCAGAAGAAGCUUGUGUUUUGUGCAGAAGACCUUGGGAAGACUGACAUAUCUCCUGGUCAAGAACUCUGGUUUGUAAAAUGCCGUGAAGGGUGGCAAAAAUGGAACAGAACAAUACCAGGAUAAGACAGGAAUUGAAAUGCUCUCCUGGAGAAGCCGCUUAGAUCCAUCAGGGGCCAACCCAGCUGGAAAAAACGUUUGCUGCGACUAAAGACAAAAAA